UGUCCCAAGACCAGAAAAACGUGCUGCAAAUACCUCACAAUAUGUAUUGUAUGGAAGCAAAUAAUUAUUUAAAUAUAUAAAUAUGAAUUAACAGUAGAAAUGAUUUAAAAAUUAUUAUAAUCUCAUGAUCUGGUAUGUACCAGAUGAAAAGACAAGUUCGGGGGUCCCUCUCUCACUUCGUCUCGCUCCUCUCCUACUCCGUUAGACGAAGACAAAGACGAAGGAAGACAGCAGCCACUACCCACCCAUCUGCUCCUCCGCUCCAACCUCCGUCGGAAUUCCUCGCCGUUUCCUCAAUUCCGAAGAUGUCACAGUUGAUCACUCGUCGUCGGGGUGUGACCAAUGCGCCUCCUGCAUUUUCAGCACCUACUGCUUCAGCCGUGAGUGCUCCAUUGAUUGGGGAGCCUACAUCCCUUACUGAGGCUACUCCUAGGGCAUCCCAGGUGCCUGCAUCAUCGACGUCAUCAGUGUCGAUUCAGCCGCUCAGUGCACAGCGGCCUCACCGGGGCCGCCGCCAUCCGAAGCCUUCUGAUCACACUUCCUCGACAUCCACAAUCGAGGGUGGGGGCUCCCAGCCAGGUUUUAGGAAAUGAUAUACUAUUAAGGGAGGUUUUGCCGAAUUUUAUGUAGAAAUUUAAGAUUAGGGUUUUCACCAUUUAAGUUAUUUUGGGCAGCUGAAAAAAACACUAAGGGGCCUAAUCGAAUGUUGAAGCCGACACACAACGUACGUAUGUCCAAAAAAAUGAUCAAGAUUGCGUAUGACUCGCGACAUCGUGGAGCGGCUACCUCGCAGCAGCAUAGCAGCAUCUCUACUAGUUGUAGUUUCGUUUUGGAUCAGAAGCUUGGUCAUCAUCAUGGCAAGGUUGUUCGAGGUAUGGGGAAGGUGCGGGUUCGUGAGAUGGGUGCCUCCUCUUCCAGACCGACCACAGGACAGGUCAUUGCCCUGACGAAGGAAGUGGAAACCCUAAAAGCUAAGAUUGCGGCCCAGGGUGAGAAGAUUGCGGCCCAGGGCGAGAAGUUGAGCAUGAUCUUACGGGCCUUACAGAUGUACGGCCUCCAAAUCCCGAUGCCAGCACCUAAUCUUGCUCCACCUUCAUCCUCCUAGCCACUUCGCCCAAUCGAUACCCAGUAGCAUGAUGCAUCAAACCCAGACAACUACUUGUAGUUUUUUCUUUUAUGUUCGGACAGCUUAUAUGUACAUUUUCAUAUAUUUUAUAAUUAAAUAUUUUUAUUGGUUUA